AUGUCAGGCGGCGCCGUAGACAACAGCUGUAGGUCCACUGACCAGGAGCCUAGGGAGGAAGACUUCGGCUCACAAUGGAAGGGUUCGGUUGAGCAUAAGACUGCGGCAACUGAGAAAGUGGCUUGUGAUCGUUGCCGUCAGCGCAAGACCAAGUGUGAUCGCGUUAACCCAUGUAGACAAUGCGUCAAGACUGGAGCGCGUUGCACCUACAUACUCGGUCAUAAAGCCAAACCAAAGCGGCAACGAAUCCUCAUCUCGAGUGAAUAUGAGGGAAGACUUGAGCAUAUUUCCAACAAAAUUGACGAGCUUGGCGAGAUAAUAAAGCGGCUAGGUGAUAAGCGCCUUGGUACUCCUGGCUUCGCGAAUCCAACUGAAUUACGAGUGCCAUCAUAUUCGUUGCUUCAGCCCAGCAGUGCUCAAACCCGCGAACAGCCUCUAAGUCGGGCAAACGUUAUCGAGUCCUCAUUCUCGUAUGGCAGCGUUGUCACUGAACGUACUUCCGCACUGAAUCUCUUGUGGUCGACAGUCAAUGUCCAAAGGCAGAAGAAUGAGACCCUGGAAGGCUCACGUCCGUUUCCGAAGGAGCUUCCUUCAGGCUUCAGUCUCAGGGAUCUGCCUAUCCCUUCCUUGGAAAAAACCAUGACGUACUUAAGGAUCGCUCAAGAGAGUACGCCCAGUCAGCUUUAUUGGCCCUUCGAGUUUGGAUCCCUAACUAAGUUCACUCAAUACGUCAUCAAAGCCUGCUCGCCCGGUCCCAUCACAGAUAUGGAGCUAAUUAUUGUCCACUAUGUUCUAGCGGUGGGUGAUGCUGUCAGGCGAGAUUACGAGGUGCAGGCGUUGACCUGCAGGGACAGCCUGGAAACAAUCAUAUCAAGCCUUUCCUUCCAUAUAAAUACGAAUAUGGACUCUAUAUGCGCUAUGUACAUGGCUGCCCUUCACUGUCUUCAUUGUGGAAGAGCUUUCACAGCGUGGAUGUUUAUUUCCAGGGCGUCACUUAUGAGCCAGGCCCUUGGGUUACAUAGCAACCGCGUUGUGGCAGUAGAGCCAGCAGAAGGUGUACAGAGGAAGAUCAGCCUGUUCUGGGCGAUUUACGUACUUGAGAAGUCUGUGUCUCGUGCCAUUACGCUCGCUUCUGAGCUACAACAAAUGAUAGCUGCGAGACUUGAAUUCUAUGCAAGUCAUCCUGGUCGCUUGGGCAUGUUUAUCAUACAUGCCAACCGGGCCUUCGAUUACUCUACCUUGGCAUCCAUCUAUAGAGGUGCUCCGUUGGAGAAACCUUUCAGCAUGGUUUCUUGUACAGAGUGUAUCACAGCAGCCAGGGCAGCCCUUGAAGAUAGCAAAGUCUGUAUUUCCAUUGUUGCAGAUGCACCAACAUGGCCUCCCAGUGUUGACUUGUGGGUCAAUGAGAUCCUUCUGUUAGCACCGUUCAUGGCAUUCUUAAUUCUAGUCUGCAACAUUGUCGGGAACUCUGACCCGUCAGACUUGGAGCGCUUACAACAAUUGAUUGACAGUCUGCAUUCGCUGGCACGAUCGCCUCGGUAUUCCAGCUGCAUUAGACAGCUGCGCAUUUUCAAGGCCUCUAUGAUAAGACGUUCACCUCACCUUAUUGGCGAUCAAUAUACUGAUCUAGCCAUCGACACAUACCUAACCGAUCAUAAUUGGCCUGAUAUCGAGUCUGAGCUCUGGAAAACAUCCCAAUUUGAUAAUUUCUGA